UUAUUCACGCCGUCAUUUAUUUAAUCAUCAACGAACCAUACAAAAACAAUAAGACAUUUUAACUUGUAAUAUAUACUUAUAUAAUACCACUGGUUUCUGGACGAGCAGACCAGUCUUCAAGUGGUGAUUGACGCCGACAGACAUUACUGUAGAAUCUCAAUUGUCUUUGGACAUUUACUGGAUGCUUAAAGACUUUUAAAGUAUUUCAAGUUGUGAUUCUUCACGCUCAUUUAUAAUGAAUUCACCGAACGAACUUGUACAUUUCCGUCCACCCUGUGGUUCCAUGAAUCCGAUGCUUGGAGUCUUAUACGGACAGUAUAACGCCGCUAUCGGAGCAGCUUCAUCACCCUAUCCUUAUCAUUCUCAGAUGCUGGUACCCUCCAUGGACUUUAACAGAGCUUACGCUUUACGGAUGAUAGAAGAAAUGCAGCGACGGGAACAGCCACAGAAACCGCCGUAUUCGUAUAUUGCCCUUAUUGCCAUGGCAAUCAAAAAUGCACCAGACAAAAAAGUAACUCUGAAUGGAAUAUAUCAAUUUAUUAUGGAACGUUUUCCAUACUAUCAUGACAAUAAACAAGGCUGGCAAAACUCUAUUCGCCACAACCUCAGUCUUAAUGACUGUUUUAUGAAAGUUCCAAGAGAAAAGGGAAAACCAGGAAAAGGCAAUUAUUGGACAUUAGAUACAAAAUGUGAUGAAAUGUUUGAAAAUGGCAACUACAGGCGACGAAAAAGGCGAGUUAAACCGUCGAUCAAAUCUGGUGAAGAUGCCACAGACUAUGAAAACGGAAAUUCUGAAGAUGAAAAUUCUGAUAAUGAAGAAGAUAGUGGAAUAAAUGUUUGUUCUGAUGACGAAAACAAUGAUAAUUCGGGAGACGAAAAUCAUCAAUUAGUGCGUUUUGAAAAUCCACCCGUACCAGAAGUGAGAAAAAGAUUAUUUACUAUUGACAGUAUAAUAGGAACAGAUGAUAGAUUAGAGACGGAGGCAACAAAACGUAAGCGAUCAGAAAGUGAACAGUAUGACAACUCAAAGAAAAAGAAAUUUGACAUUUUCGACAGAAUACCAAGCCCUCCUCCAAAACUUAUUGACUUGAAGGGACAUUCUCCGACAACUCUACAACUGUCGCUAGCAUCUGGACUUUAUAAUUCCAACAUGGUCCGUCCUGGGAUGCCGCAGCAUCCAUUUAGUGGCCACCCGUUGUUACCAGGCCAUGGUUUAUUGACACAACAAGAACUAAUCUUGAGGUCUCAGAGUUUGGGACAAUUUGUUUUUCCUGGCUCUUUACCGCCGUUUUCUGAUCUACAAGGAAUUCAGCACAGCAGAAAUUCAGACAUUAAUUGUAGCUAAUGGCCUUUAACUGUGAUAUUUAGUGCUUUAAGGUAUUAAACUCUUUUUAUGUAUUUUUAAUGAUACUGUAUAUUUAUGAUGUUAAAAUUUUGAAUUCUUAGAUUUAAGAGACACAUUAAAAUAUAUUUUAAAUGAU